AUGUCGGAGAAGAAGGAGCCAGAUUCUCCGCCGGUCGAGUCUGUGAACUCAAGCGAGGAAGAGCUCCCAACUGUGAGAGGUCAGGUUCCGCGGAAAGUAUGGCUCGUCCAAGGCCUUUACUUUCUGGAGAGAGCGGCAUUCUACGGACUCAGCCAACCCCUCCAGAAUUACCUUCAGCUUGAACCUGAUGAUCCCCUUCGCCCAGGAGCUCUUGGUCUAGGGCAGUCCAGAGCAGUGUUGAUAGUGUAUGUCUGGUUCAUCUACAGCUACAGCACACCUCUUAUUGGCGGACUGCUGGCAGAUUGCUGGCUUGGCCGCCGCAAGACGAUCCAGGUUGGGUUCUUGAUUUACGUGCUGGGACUCACUAUAAUCACAGCAACAGCUUUCACGCAUCGAAUCUACGGCGUGGGUGGCCUUCCUGGUUUCAUAAUAGGGAUGUUUCUCGUUGGUGCUGGCACGGGAACUGUGAAACCUAAUAUCACGGUAUUCUUGAUUGACCAAUUCCCCGAAGAAGAGCCCAAGACCGUGACUCUGAAGAAUGGGAAGUCGGCAACGGUCAGCCGUGAACUCACAAUACGGUUUAUAUGGAACGUCAACUACUGGAUGAUCAACGUUGGAGGCUUGUGCGGCAUCAUCACCACGAAUGUUGAGAGGUAUGCCUACGCCGGCUUUGGCUUCGCCUUUCUCGUUUGCCUCUGCCUGAUUGUUGCAUCUGCAUCCAUCUUUCAAGCUGGAUACACCAAGUUCGAAACGAUGCCCCCGUCAGGAAACGCCAUUGCGAAUCUCUUCAGCGCAUUGCGUCGCCGGCGAAACCCAGUCCAUCAUGGGCCAGACCAGGCCGAAAUCUCAGCAUCCUCGUCGGCUCAAGAAGAUGGCCCUGCAACUCCAAGCAAGGAUGAGGCUGUGAUUGCUGAUGCAAAGACCGCCCUCCGAGCCUGCUUAGUCUUCCUCCCAUUCCCAGCCCUGAUGCUCUCCAUCAACCUCAUGGACAGUACCCUCAUUGCACAAGCAGGCACAAUGCAGACCCACGGUCUCCCGAACGAUAUUAUGUACAACUUGAACCCCAUCUCCGUCAUGGUCUUCUUGCCUCUGUUUCAAAGCUUCAUCUACCCCGCACUGGCAAAAAUGAAGAUCAACUUCUCCGCCGAGCACCGCAUCGGCGUGGGCCUCUUCUGUGCUUCGCUCGCAAUUGGAUACGCCACAGGGAUUCAGCACCUCAUUUACUCGACUGGGCCAUGCUUCAACCAUCCACUAAAGUGUCUAGGUGGGAAUAUUCCGAACGAUAUCUCUGUUGGGGUUCAGACACCGACUUACGUAUUCCUCGGCUGGGGAGAAAUCCUCGCGAUUGUUUCGGGUACUGAGCUUGCCUAUUCGCGGGCACCAGCGAGUAUGAAGUCGAUCGUCCAGGCCCUUUUCAACUUCUUCAGUGCUUUGGGCUCGGUUUUCGGCGUUGGCGUAUCGUUUGCCGCCUACGACCCAAACAUGGUCUACGUUUAUGGAUCAAUCACUGGGUUUCUGCUGUUUGUAUCCUUGGCGUUCGAAGCUACCUAUCUGUUGAAAGGCAAAACGUCGAAGUGA